AUGACUGACGGCGAGAGAGGACCGAAUAGCACAGGCCUGUUCCCCGUAUUACCUACUUCGGCGAACUCUGUCUCAGAUAUUUCGAGUGCUCCUCAAUGGCUUCGCAACGCCAGCUUCACGACGGAUCUCUCCGUCCUCGACGCCGCCCCUUCGUCGGCUCCUUCCCUAUCCGAUGUUGACGCUGGCGAAGAUAAUGAAGACGGAGAUGCUCAUGGGAGUAACGGCGAACCCAAUCUUCCUGGGGUUUACAAUUUGGUCGAAGAAGAAGAAGGGUCAUCAGAGAAUGAUGACGACAAGGUAAAGAGGAAGAGGGAUCAAAAGAAGAAGCGGAAGAGGGAAUCUUCAGUUAAGGAUCCUGAAGAAUACUAUCCGAAGCCGGCCAAAGAUUAUUACUUGGAUACUCGUCCUGAUCCAGAUAAUCUGGCUUAUGGUUCCAUCUACAGGAUGAAUGUUCCUCGCUAUAAACUUGACAAUUCUCAGAGAGGUCCUGUGUCAAGUUCUCUGAGGUUAUACCUGCGUAAUCGGCGUACUUCUAUGCUUGACACAGAGAUUGAUGUUGAUUCUUUGGACGGGAGAGCAAAGUCUGAUAACCGGUAUUGGUAUGCAAAACAUGCAGCCAUGGAACGCAACAAGAAUUUCAAGCGUAUCCGUUUGUCUGCUUCAAGAGACGCUGUUGAUUCGUCCCUUGAUCGAUUCAUUCCACUGGAGGAAGCUGAAGCUGUUCAAGAAAGCGAAGAGGAAGAUGAUUUAUCAAAAGACUCAGUGAUGGGGGGAGCAUCAUGGGAGGAUGAUGUGCUGAACAAAACCCGAGAGUUCAACAGACUGACGAGGGAGCGUCCCCAUGAUGAAAAGGCGUGGCUGGCAUUUGCUGAUUUUCAAGACAAGGUUUCGAGUAUGCAAUCUCAGAAAGGAGUUCGCCUGCAGACUUUAGAGAAGAAGAUCAGUAUACUUGAGAAAGCUUUUGAACUGAACCCUGAUAGCGAAGAGCUGUUGCUUGCACUUCUCAAGGCGUACCGAAGCAGAGACAACGCAGAUGUACUAAUCAGCAGGUGGGAAAAGGCACUCAUGCAGAAUUCCGCAAGCUACAAGUUAUGGAGAGAGUUUCUACGUGUUCUUCAAGGGGAGUUCUCCAGAUUCAAAGUAUCAGAAGUGAGGAAGAUGUAUUCUUAUGCGGUCCAGGCCCUUUCUUCUGCUUGCAGCAAGCGACAUAGGCAGGUAGAUGCAACAUCUGAGCCAUUGGAUUCUGCUCUCAUCCAGCAGGAACUUGUUCUAGUCGAUAUGCUAGUUAGCCUCUGCAGGUUUGAAUGGCAGGCGGGUUACCAGGAGCUGGCCACAGCUUUAUUUCAAGCUGAAAUGGAAUAUAGCGUCUUUUCUCCAUCUUUGUUGCUAACUGAACAGAGUAAAUUGAGGCUGUUUGAGCACUUUUGGAGCAGUAAUGGUGCUAGAGUUGGAGAAGACGGAGCUUUUGGAUGGUCGUUGUGGUUGGAGAAAGAGGAGGAACACAGGCAGAAAAUGUUGAAAGAGGAAUCCUCUGAUGACAAUGAGGUAGGUGGUUGGACAGGCUGGACAGAACCGUUGUCAGGUAGACAAGAAGAUAGUAGUAUUGCGGCAGCUAACACUCGAGAGGGUCUGGAUGAAGAAAUGGAAGAGGAGAUUAGCAAGCCUGAAGAUGAUACUGAAGCUAUGCUAAAACUAUUAGGCAUUGAUGUCAAUGCUGCAGCCAGUGAUGAGGUUAAAGAUGCUUCAACUUGGGUUAAAUGGUUUGAAGAAGAGGUUUCUAGAGAUCAAAAUCAAUGGAUGCCUUCUCGGAAAACUGGUGAAUUCUCCAGUGUCGAUGAAAUGGGCGAACGAGAAGAUGAAGAGCAACUCUCAAGUCUUGUAAUGUAUGAAGAUGUAAAUGGAUAUCUAUUUUCAUUACGUUCAAACGAGGCCCGCUUGUCUCUGGUGUACCAGUUCAUUGAUUUCUUCGGUACACAUAUCUCCCCAUGGACUUCCAGCAACAGUUUAUGGUGGAGUGAGAAAAUAAAUAAUCUUGAAACGUUGGCAGAUUCUAUGCUAGAACAUUUGAGAAAUGUUCAUGAGUGUUUGUCAAAAUCAGAUAGUGCCAACGGUUUCAGCUUGGGAUCUCUUUUAGGCGGCGGCAGCAGUGACAUAUCUAUGCGGACAGAGAUGAUGAAGUUUCUCCGCAAUGCCAUCUUGCUCUGUCUGAAUGUUUUUCCGCGAAAUUACAUUUUGGAAGAAGCUGUGCUUGUUGCAGAAGAGCUAUUUGUAACAAACAUGAAAACAUGUGAGGUAGCAACUACCCCAUGCGAAGCUUUGGCCAAACGUCUCCUGAAAAGUGACCGACAGGAUCUACUGCUUUGUGGAAUUUAUGCACAGCGGGAAGCUGCUUCUGGAAAUAUGAAACAUGCAAGACGAGUCUUUGACAUGGCACUGACUUCUAUAUGUGGCCUGCCGAAGGAAUUACAGUAUAACGCUCCUUUGCUAUAUUUAUGGUAUGCUGAAUCGGAAGUAGCCAAUAGUAGUGGCAGCGGUGGGGAAUCAGAAUCGUCAUCUCGUGCUAUGCACAUCCUGUGUUACCUUGGAAGUGGUCUAGCUUAUAUUCCCUAUACUUCACAGCCUUCAAGCGUGCAAAUCCUUAGAGCACGCCAAGGCUUCAGAGAGAUGCUUAAGAAGAUACAAUCAACAUGGUCUCGUGGUGUCACAGAUGAUCAAUCAGCAGCGCUUGUUUGUUCGGCAGCUCUAUUUGAGGAGUUAACGAAUGACAUUCCUGGUGCUGUUGAGAUCCUAGAGCACAUGUUCAGUUCUGUUCUUCCAGGAAGAAAGAGUCAAAGUCAUCAACUUGAACUCUUGUUCAACUAUUACUUGAGAAUGCUUCAGAGACAUCAGGACGGCCUUACUUUGUCAAACCUGUGGAAGCCCAUAACAGAGGGGCUGCAACUGUAUCCUCUCAGUCCCGAGCUUUAUGAAGCUUUGGUGGACAUCUGUAAUCACCGUAUGACCUCCCAUAGACUGAGAAUGAUGUUUGAUGACUACUCCCGCAAAAAUCCAUCAGUCGUUGUUUGGCUCUUUGCGCUUUCUUAUGAGAUGAGUAGAGGAGGCUCCCUACACAGAAUCCGAGGAUUGUUUGAAAGGGCAUUGGCACAGGAUACGCUAAGCAGCUCGGUUAUUCUAUGGCGUUGCUACAUCGCAUAUGAAAUGGACAUCGCACACAAUCCAACAGCAGCUAGAAGGAUUUACUUCCGAGCUAUAAAUGCAUGCCCAUGGUCGAAAAAACUAUGGCUGGAUGGGUUCGGGAAGCUGAGCUCAGUACUGACGGCGAAAGAGAUGUCAGAUCUACAAGAAGUGAUGCGGGACAAGGAACUCAACAUUAGGACAGAUAUCUACGAAAUUCUUCUUUUGCAGGGAUAA